GUUCCAAAAAUACUUGUGAAAUCUUUAUUACAAGCCGUAAAAGAGAAGUUUGAAAAUCUUAGCAUCUAACAAAAGUUCGACAUGUCGUUGACUGUUUUUGUGUUGAUGGUAAUAUUCGCAAAUACAUAUCGUUGUAGUGGAAAAGUGACAUCGCAAUUCUGUUUUCAAUGCUCAUCACCAAAUGAAAGAGGGUGUAUUUUUACUCAGAAAAGGAUGAAGUGUUAUGGCAAAGAGGAUACGUGCAUCACAAUGUCAUAUAGUUUCAAGAAAAUGACAAAGGAAGGGAAAAAGAAAAUCUCAGUGUUUCGAAAAUCAUGUUUUAACAGUCAAUGGGAUUGCCGAUCUUUUUGUGAUUCAUUUGAAGAAACUGGAGAUGACGAAUGCAAAGCUACCUGUUGCCAUGGCAAUCUAUGUAACCAUGGAAGAAAGAGAUCAAAACUCACAAGUAGAGCUUCUUCACACCCAUCAAUGUUGUCAAUAAUUUUGUUGGUGAUAUCAACCGUCAACGUACAGUGGAUUACACAAGUCCUAAUGAAUAUUUAAUAUAUCUAAUGAAUACGAGGCAAUAAUAAUAAUACGAUGAUAAAAUUAAGUUGUUUCAAUAAAAUGCCUCAAUUGUUUGUUUAAACGAGACACAGAAUAUCUGGCUAAACAAGACAUGCAACAUAGUUUUUACGAACCAUCCCCUUUAUAUGUUCAGACAUUUGUCAUUUGUUUCAGUCCCCUAGUCAUAUAAACACUUAAUAUAUUAAAAUUUAUAUUGUAAUUGUAAUUUUAGUUGGUGAACUUAUGGUAAUAAGACCAAAAUUU